AUGUACACAUUUGAUUACGAAAUAAAGCUGUGUGACACCGCUGAUGGCGGGAAAGCGCCGCGGAUCGCCCUAAACGAUGGCAACACUAUGCCCGUCCUCGGGUUGGGCACGUUCCUAGGUUUCGAUGAGAAAGGGCAGAAAGAAGUUAAAGAGAACGAAGUGGAGCUUCCAGUGUUGUGGGCCCUCAACUCAGGAUACAGAUUAAUUGACACGGCGUCUGCUUACCACAACGAAGAGCAGGUUGGGAGGGGAGUACAAAAGUCGAAAGUGCCCCGGGAACAUGUUUUUAUCGUCACAAAGCUUGGUUUAAACGAGCAGCGGCACGUCGUCGAGUUCUUGCAGGCGUCCCUUUCACGGCUGAACACGUCCUACGUGGAUCUCUAUCUCAUCCACAACCCCGUGGCGUUGAAGCCUGACGACAGCGGCUACGACGUGGUGGACUACCUGGACACGUGGAAGAGUAUGGAGGAGGCCAAGAGGCUCGGACUGGCGAAGUCCAUUGGCAUCUCGAACUUCAACGCCAGCCAGAUCGAGCGGCUCCUGGCCAACUGCGACGUGAAGCCGUCAGUUUUGCAAGUGGAAGUAAAUUUAAAUCUUGCCCAGAACAAACUGCUAGAACUCGCAAAGAGGGAGGGUAUAGCAGUGAUGGCAUACUCCCCCUUCGGAUCGCUGUUCAGCAGAAGCGGUGCACCGCCCCCGCCCAGGAGAGACCAUCCGACCCUGGUCAAGAUUGCCACCAAAUACGGGAAGACCACGCCCCAAAUCGUCUUACGUUAUCUGGUACAGCGAGGCGUCAUACCCAUACCAAAGACAACGCACAAAGAGCGCGUUGAAGAGAACAUAGAUGUAUUCGACUUCGAGUUGACAGCCGACGAGAUGAAGGAAUUAGCGGAGUUCAACAAGAACUACAGGGUUGUUUGGCCCAGUUUUUGGCAGGACCAUCCGUAUUAUCCAUUUGAGAAGAAGGACAAGCCCGAUCCAGACCUAUUCAAGAAUGGCCUUAAUGAA